GAUUGCUGCAAAUCAAGGUUCGGAUUGCGUGACCCGUCGUGGCGACAAAUUUGAAGGUUUUCAGCGAGCUUAGAGCAAAUCUACGAGGGGAGAAUCUUCGAAAAUGGCAGACGAAGCAAACAGAAGUGCGUUUCUAGAAAUCCAAGGUCGGAUGAUUGAGACCACGGGAAAAUUGAAGCAGGUUCAGAAUCAGGUGCGAAACAAAGAAGCUGAGAAGAAGCGGGCUUACUUGACCUUGGAGGAGCUGAAGCAAUUGUCAGAUGAUACAAAUACUUAUAAAUCCAUUGGGAGAACGUUUAUUUUGGAGCCGAAGUCAGCUUUGAUGGAAGAACAGGAACAAAAACUUACGGAUAGUGAAGCAGCCAUCUCCACUUUGUUGACGUCGAAGGAGUACUUGGAAAAACAAAUGGCAGAAAUCGAAAACAAUCUUAGGGAGCUUUUGCAACAAGAUCCCAGUCUUGCUCGGCAGAUAAUGGCGAUGUCUGUAUAAGCCUGGUUUCUCAUGAAAUUAUUUCGAGGUGCGUCUGUUGCUUUCUUGGUUAGCAUUUCUGUCGACAGCUUUAAUUUCAGUUACAUUUUUGUGCUUCUAUAAAUGUGAUUACGAUCAGUGGUAUUAUUAUUUGUCAUACGUGGUCGGGUUUGGAUUAAA